GAAACACGUCAGUAGAUCUGAGUUCUGACCUGCCUUCAGCACCGCACUGGAUUCCGAUUUGCCGUCGUCGUCGUCGCGUGCCGUGUGGACCCAGGCCAAUUCCCUUCGUCAGGGUCCUGUACUCGAGAAUCGGAUUAUUCUUUUCUUUUUUUCUCCACAUCGAUCCUAACAGUACUUUAGCCCCGAAACAGCAGAGCUAUGAGCCUGCCACGAAGGCCAAACCUGAUGGCCGUGGCCACGCUGCUGCUGGUCGGUGCCAUCGCGUUGGCACCGUCCUUCUGCCAGGGUGCCGCCGUCAUGUCUGUGGACCUGGGCAGCGAGUGGUUCAAGGUGGGCGUCGUUUCGCCCGGCGUUCCGAUGGAGAUUGCGCUUAAUAAGGAGUCCAAGCGGAAGUCACCGACCUCGAUUGCGUUCCGCAACGGAGACCGGCUUUAUGGGGACGACGCCAACACGAUUGGAGUGCGCUUCCCGGCGAAUAAUUAUUUUUACCUGGUGGAUCUGCUCGGCAAAACGAUCGAUAAUCCGAUGGUGGAAUUGUACAGGAAGCGCUUCCCGUACUACGACAUCGUCGCGGACCCGAAGCGAAACACGGUCGUUUUCCGGAACGGCGAUGACCUGUACUCGAUCGAAGAACUGAUCGCGCAGAUUCUCGCGUCGGCCAAGGAGUACGCCGAAGAUUCGACCGGCCAGGUCAUCACCGAGUGCACUCUGGUCGUGCCCGGAUUCUUCGGCCAGGCCGAACGCCAGGCUCUGGUGGCCGCAGCUCGGUUGGCAAACCUUAAGGUGCUGCAGCUGAUCAACGACUACACGGCGGUGGCGCUGAAUUACGGCAUCUUCAGGCGCAAGGAGUUCAACGAGACGGCGCAGUACUUUGUGUUUUACGACAUGGGCGCGUACAAGACUUCGGCGAGCGUGAUCAGCUACCAGCUGGUGAAGGACAAGGCCACGCGUGAGGUGCUGCCGGUGGUGCAGGUGCUUGGCGUUGGGUUCGACCGGACGCUCGGUGGGCUGGAGAUGCAGGUGCGGCUGCGGGACUAUUUGGGCAAGGAGUUCAACAAGAUGGGUAAGACCAAGACCGACGUGUUUGGCAAUCCGCGAGCCAUGGCGAAGUUGUUCAAGGAGGCUGGCCGGUUGAAGAACGUGCUGAGUGCGAACACGGAGCAUUACGCGCAGAUUGAGGGAUUGCUCGAUGAGCAGGACUUCCGGCUGUUGGUGUCUCGGGAGCAGUUUGAAGAGUUGUGCAAGGAUUUGUAUACGAGGGUGACGGCGCCGUUGGACCGUGCGUUGGCCGCUUCGGGUUUGUCGUUGGAUUUGAUUUCGCAGGUUGUGCUGUUUGGAGGAAACACGCGAGUACCGAAGGUGCAGGACAUUUUGAAGUCCCACAUUGGCCAAGAGCUGGGCAGAAAUUUGAACGCGGACGAGGCAGCGUGUAUGGGAGCGGUUUAUCGGGCGGCGGAUUUGGCCACUGGAUUUAAGGUGAAGAAGUUUGUCGUUAAGGAUGCCGUGCUGUACCCGAUCCAGGUCGUGUUUGCUCGCGAAGGAGAGAGUGGCUCGACGCGACUCGUCCGCCGGACGCUGUUUGGAGCGAUGAACGCUUACCCGCAGAAGAAGGUGAUUACGUUCAACAAGCACACGGAUGAUUUUGAGUUUUCGGUUGAUUACGCCGAGCUGGAGACGGUGCUGAGCCAGGAGGAAAUCGCGAACUUGGGUUCGUUGAACUUGACCAAGGUUAGCCUGACGGAGGUGGCGAAGAAGUUGAACUCCAACAAGGCGGAAAACAUCGAGUCCAAGGGAAUCAAGGCACACUUUGCGUUGGACGACUCCGGCUUGUUCUCGCUGGCCAACGUUGAGCUGGUGCUGGAGAAGACGGUAAAGGAAGACGACGAAAGCACGCUGCAAAAGCUGGGCAACACCAUUAGCAAGCUGUUCUCGGGAGACUCGGAUGAUGAAAAGGUGACCACGACGGAGGAAGGUUCGCAGGAAGAUGGUUCCAAGGAUGCGGAAGGACAAACGGAUGAGAAGAAGGCGGAGGAGGACAAAACGGCGAAUGCAACUUCGGCGGAGAACGCAACGCUUGCCGAGGAAGCUGGAGAAGCUGCCAAGAACAAGACGGAAAAGCCAAAGAUCGUCACGAUCAAAGAGCAAAUUCCGCACAAGGUCGAGGUUGUCUACGUGCCUGCAUUGGACGGGGCUGAUUUUGAGGGUGCGGUGAAGAAGAUUCGGGUGAUUGACGAAGCUGACCAGGCCAAGAAACGUCGCGAGACGGCCCUCAACGCGUUGGAGACGUUUGUCAUCGAUGCUCAGGUGAAGUUGGACGAGAAAGAGUACGCUUCGUGUGCCACCCAGGAAGAAGCCGACACGAUCCGUAAGACCUGCUCGGAAGUUUCCGAGUGGCUGUAUGAGGACGGUGCCGACGCCGACGCGGAGACGUACGAAAACAAGCUCGAGGAGAUUCGCGCCGUAGCCAACCAAGUGUACUCGCGUCACUGGGAACACAAGGAACGUCCGGACGCGCUGAACGCCCUAGCUCAAAUGAUCAGCGGUGCCGAAGGAUUCCUCGACAAAGCCAAGAACUUCACCAAGGAGGGCAACCCGGAGAAGGACGUCUUCACGCAGGUCGAAAUCGACACCCUCACGCGAGUCAUCGCCGAAACGUCCGAGUGGAUGGACACGGAACAGGGCGAGCAGACCAAGCUGGCACGCCACGAACCGGUCCGCCUUACGGUGAAGGAUCUGACCGACAAGAUGGCUUUGCUGGAUCGUGAAGUCAAGUACCUGGUGAACAAGCUGAAGCUGUGGCGCCCCAAGGUGAAACCGACUCCACCACCGAAGGUCGAAAAGGACGCCAAAAAGGACGACGACAAGUCCGAAGAUACCAAGUCGGAGGAACCGGUCAUCGAGGAACCUAAAGUGGACGAGAACGACUCCAGCGAGGAGCAGGAGCAGGCCACCGAGGAGACGCCCAAGAUUGAACCCAGCAAAACGGAAGAUGGCAGCGGCGAGCAGCACACCGAGCUGUAGAGACCUGCACGACCUUUAGCUAGGUUAGCACAAAUUAAUCCAUCCCUUUUUUGUCCUAGUUUAAUUAUUUAUUUCAUACCAACCUCGUCCCCCCUUUUGAACUACUUCUUCUCCCUACUUCCUCAUCCCAUUUGAAUCUUAUCGAAUUGUGACAGAAAUUUGUAGAAGCGAAUGAACGUUUUGCACCACACUCCGAUUUAGAGUUUUGACCAUUCCGAUUAGAGAGCGUCCCCCGAGCGAUGAUGAUUGGUGGUGUGCAGUAAAGUGCAGUGCAGUUUGUAGUGGAACAAUUUUAGGAGCCCUUUGUGCGAAAAAAUACGUGAAACAGUAAAACAGGACGGUUAAACUAGUGUAGGAAGACCAAGAAGGAAAUGAAACGGUGACAUCAAACAGGCUGAUAAGAGUAAGCUAGUAGCUAUGAGAUAAAACAAAAAUAACAACUAAUCAUGCGAUGACUGUUAAACCAAAAUCUACCACUGGAAUCACUAAGUUAAGCGGUACAGAAACAUGAGUGUAAAUUGAUUCCUAA